AUGCUUGAAAAGGAUGCCACUGGGUUUCUCAACCAAGUAGAGACAGAGAUUGGCGUCUCAAAAGUGUCCCAGCGCCUCAAACUGGACUCCAAGGUUUUCAAGGGCGUGUCUAUCAACGUCGAGAAUUACAAUAAUGAGACCUCUAGCAUGAUUGCAUCACUCCCUCAGGUCAAGAAGCUGUGGCCCGUAUCCCUCAUCAAGGUCCCCGAUCUCGAGGUGUCUUGGACUGGCAAGGAGUCCAAAAACAAGCGUCAGACGAACUCGACCAAUUGGCCUCCUCAUGUCAUGACGCAAGUGGACAAACUCCGCGCGAAGGGCUUCACCGGUGAGGGUCUACGCAUUGGCAUUGUCGAUACAGGCAUUGAUUACACCCACCCUGCCCUCGGAGGCUGUUAUGGUCCAGGUUGUCUGGUUGAGUUCGGUUAUGACCUCGUGGGCGAGUCCUAUGACGGCACAAACGCACCCGUCCCCGAUGAGGACCCGUUCGAAGAGUGUAUUGGCCACGGCACCCACGUUGCUGGCAUCAUCGCGGCAAUGGAGAAUCCCAUGGGCUUCACCGGUGCGUCUCCCGGCGUCAAAUUGGGCAUGUAUCGCACGUUUGGUUGCAGCGGCCUGACGUCGGGUGAUGUCAUUCUUGCAGGCGUUAUCAAAGCUUUCGAGGAUGGCAGCGACAUUAUCACGGGGUCCAUUGGCAGCCCAAACGGGUGGGCUGGGGAAGCUUUUGCAGUCGCAGUCUCUAGGAUCGUGGAUGCAGGCGUACCCUGUACCUUCGCUGCGGGUAACCAGGUCGGAGGCACCGAGGGCUUGUUUGGCCUCAGCAAUCCCAGUUCUGGAGACGGUGUGAUGUCCAUCUCUUCGUAUCAGAACGAAGGAGAAGACAGUGCUGGAAAGGUAUCAGCGUUUACCAGCUGGGGACCUAGCUUCGAGCUUACCCUCGCACCCAGCUUCGGGCUCCAGGAGGUGGCGCGUGGAAUCAAAGAACCGGACUUGAUCAAGAGACUUCUUGCGUCGACGGCUAAGCCGAAUCUUUCCCAGAGCUAUGGAGACGAUGGCUUCGAUGCCGGCCUUGGGCCAGUUGUCCAACAAGGUGCUGGUAUGGUGCAGGCGUACGCAGCGGCUUACACGAACUCCAUUGUCAGCGUCGCUGGCAUCUCUUUCAAUGACACUGAUAACCUCGUGUCCGAGACUUCUUUCACCGUCACCAACGUUGGGGAUACAGUAGUAGCUUACAACGUCUCACACGUCCCCGCAUUGACUGCUAUCACGCUCAACGAUAUCUACCGCCAAAGCACGCCGGGGCUCUCCACAUCUUAUGCUACCCUUAAAUUCCAGCCCGUCGCAUUCAGCUUAGAGCCGAACGCUAGUGCCGAAGUUCGCGUAAGCAUCAACCCUCCGGAAGGUCUUGACCCACCAACUUUGCCUGUGUACUCUGGGUGGGUCGUCAUCAACGGCACUGAUGCCGACGGCGAGAUCGCUCUCUCCGUGCCGUACAUCGGCGUUGCGGGGUCCAUGCAGAACGUUACAGUCCUUGCCGCCCACCGCAUUCAUCUCAGUCGCAGUGACGACAAUACUAACCCAGAAGUGCAGGCCGACACAACCUUCCAGAUUGCUGUUCCAGCCAGUCAUCCUAAAUGGGCACAGCCGUUGCUUAACACAUCGGACCUGGUUCUUCCCGCUGGAGUUCUUCCCGACCAGUUUCUGUGGUUAGUCAUGGGCAGCGCGGAAGUUCGCCUUGAGGCUAUACCAAUUGCACCUCCCGGAUCCGAGCAGAACCAGGGUGCAAAAGGUAACGGUAUUGGGGCCAUAACUCUAGGCAACAUUGCUGGGUAUCCCAUGACGUUCAGGAGACCUUUUGGUUGGUUCAGUCCGUGGAGUGGAGAGUUGGCGGACGGCUCAUGGGCACCUGCUGGACGAUACCAACUGAGCAUCUUUGCUCUUAAGAUCAUGGCUGAUAGAGCCUUGCCUGAGAGUUGGGACCGAUAUGAUUCCCCCGAGUUCAUCAUUCGAUACGUGUAG